AUGGCCAAAUUUAACAUUUCCGUGCCCGGAUUAUCCUUCCAUGCUGAAUAUGAAGCGUCUUCGGGAAGGAAACUGGACCUCUUCAUUAAUAAAAUCACCAUCAGAUACUACUGCGAGCCUACACUUGGUAUCUUCUAUUCGUUGCACUGGCGACCUCAAUCAGCUCCUCGAAAUGGACACUUGUCAGAGUAUAAAUUCAAAAAUGAAGGUGACAAUCUGACUUUGGUGAAUAGUAUGUCAGCAAACUAUUCCUACGCACAGCGCUAUACCACCCUUUACUGGACGUCAAAUGUUGGAGACCCGGAUGAAAAAUUGGAUGUCAUCCGUAUGCACGCGGAGGUUCACAAUACUACGACUCCUGGUAUGCACCGUUACCACUACAAAAUGCACCUGGACGGUUCGAGGCGGUCGUUGUCAAGCCUCUACAAAAGACUCGACAAGGUGGAACGUUCACCAGCGACAACUAUCGAGACGCCGGAAGUCGUCGCUUCUCGUCGGUGGGCUCAGCUAACAAACACCUUUCUAGACUGGUUGUCGGAAGACACUCAGCAAGGAGGCCAGAACAAGACACAGGCGGCGAAGGCGACCCUGGCAGCACAGGGGGACAAGCUGCAAACCUCAGAAAAACUUUUCGCUGUACCCAUGAGAAUUUUUAGCCGACCUUCUUGGAGGAUUGAAAUGGACGCUCGAAUCAAGACACGUUUUCGAAUAAGCAAAGAACCGCAUGGGAAAUCUGGCAGGAAGGUUGAGGGCUUUGACAGCACGGUUAGCGUGAAUAUUACCAUGGCAGACCCUCGCAUCAAGAUUUGGGCACUGAAUGGCACGCUAGGCAAAGGUCAGGGAAUGGACUUCAACAUGAGCGCAGCAAUGAGCUCGGACCUUGUCAACUUCACGCUACUCUUCGACGCACAGCAACGUCGACAAUGGCCGUUCUUUUACCAUUUCCACAAAUGGCAACUUGCGGACAUUACGGCGCACAGGUAUGACCGCUCCUUCAGCCUGCUGUUUGACCUGGAGCGCAAUGACCACUUCAAUUACAACCUGACCCUUGUCUCCCCUCGCACGAAUGUCUCGCACGCCAUCAACUUCUCCACACACUCCCAGGAGCUGCGGACUGUGCAAGCCAACAUGUAUUUACAUUCCGAGCAGCCGCAAUGCGACAUCCGGUACAUAGAAGCCAGCAAAUUGACGCCCAGUGGGUUGGUGACGACUGUGGAUAUGAAUUCCACCUGGCUAAACCUGGAUUUUGACAUGAACAUCGACUUUCUGACAGCGGGCGCCAUUCGUGGUCGCAAACGCUUCAUUAUUGAUGGCAAGGUUCCGUUCCUUCUAGGACCUCGUCAACUUGACAUCGAGUUCUCUAGGGAAUCUCGAUCGCUUCCAUCCCUGCUUCUGGCUUACAAAAAUGUCGAAAACCACACCAGCAACGUGCUGCUGCAGCUACAGAGCAGAGACGCUGUUCUUGUGACUUUCAGCAACCGGAUGGCUGGUGCCAAAAAGAACACGACAUCAUAUCAGUGGCGAAUACACCUGGCAGAACCUACUGUCCUGCAAAACAGCAUCGAGUGGGAUCCUAAGAAGUCACAGGAAGUGUUAGGUGCAGCUUCUUACAUCCUCCAUGCUGGAGCUCACAGCCUUAAGGUCUUUGGUCAGACAAUGGCUCUCAACAUUCACAAAAAUAUCACCGACAUGAUAAUACCAUUCAUAAACCAGACAGUUUCCGAAGUGGUGGACCGCAUAACGAAAGCAAAGAUGAAGCAAGUCGCCGAACAAGGCCUUGACCCUCGUCAGCAUGUCCCGCUGCUGGUAAAGGUCAUGAAGGGAGGCUUGAAGAUCGUGCAAGAGCUGCAAAUGUCAUGGCAAAACUCUGAAACAGGUCAGCUGGCCGAGUCACUGGGUGUCCACUCAGUCGUAUCAUACGCUAUAUUGGCUACAAGUGGCUUGCCUUCUUUCAUACUGAAAGGACAACCUUUCUUUAUCCGCCAAUACAUUAACUUUCGCAUUCGUCCAACACUCAAGGAAAUUGCAUCAAGCGGCCGCUUUAACUUUUCCAUUGUUUUGCCGUUCGUUUGGGACUCUAUUGUGAGCAUGCCACGCACCAGAAUGUUGAUUCGACAAACCCUCUGGUGGAAACAGCUGUUGACAAUCGGGUCCAAAGCUGACCUGCCUUUCAUAGCCAUUGUGCCAGCCAACAGAGUGCAGAUGUUUGAUGUCUUCACGCAGGACAUUGCAGUUCCCGCCCAGUCGAACUGUACGUAUCUUCUUUCCACAAAUUUCGACACGGGCAACUACUCAAUACUGCUGUCUCAUGAAGGCAUAACCAUGGUAACCCAAACAACAGGUCUUACCCUUGCCACAGACGGCAGACUAACCAGUCUCGACAGAAACAAGGAAUUAAGCCAAGUUCCGGCAGCUCUGGGUGACAUGGAAGUAACCUUGGAAGCAGGUCAGGUCAUCGUCCGAGUUACCCCAUCAAGUGCGCGUGACUGUUGACUUCUCGAACCAAAUGUACGUCAUCGAGACAAGCUUUGACACUCACAACAGAAGCCUGGGACUGCUUGGCAUCCCCUCUCGUGACCAUGGAGACGACUUCAUGAUGCCCGCCGGCCGUUUGGCGCCCGACUCCGCUACU